AUGGGCUCCGCGCGCCGGGCGCUGUCCGUGGUACCGGCUGUUCUGCUGGUUCUCGCACUGCCUGGGCUGCCUGUUUGGGCACAGAACGACACCGAACCGAUCGUGCUGGAGGGCAAGUGUCUGGUGGUGUGCGACUCGAACCCAGCCACAGACUCCAAGGGAUCAUCUUCUUCCCCUUUGGGGAUAUCGGUCCGGGCAGCAAACUCCAAGGUGGCCUUUUCGGCGGUUCGGAGCACCAACCAUGAACCAUCCGAGAUGAGCAACAAGACACGCAUCAUUUACUUUGACCAGAUCCUGGUUAAUGUGGGCAAUUUUUUCACAUUGGAGUCUGUCUUUGUGGCACCGAGGAAAGGAAUCUAUAGCUUCAGUUUUCAUGUAAUUAAAGUCUACCAGAGCCAAACAAUCCAGGUGAACUUAAUGUUAAAUGGAAAACCGGUCAUAUCUGCAUUUGCUGGGGAUAAAGAUGUGACCCGAGAAGCCGCUACUAAUGGAGUGCUACUGUACCUGGACAAAGAAGAUAAGGUUUACCUAAAACUAGAGAAAGGUAACUUGCUUGGCGGCUGGCAAUAUUCCACGUUUUCUGGCUUUCUGGUGUUCCCUCUAUAG